AUUUGAUUCAUCUGUUCCAACCGGUUUCAGUGAGAAUCGAGUACCCCUCUUACGAAAACCGAAAAAUACAUGACCUUCUCUGCAAACGAGUUAUUUUCGAAGGAUUGUUAAAUUUUCAAGAAAAAUAUGAUUGGUCAGCUAAGCAGGGCCCAGCGAAAUCUUCUGAUUUCUGGGGGGCUGAUGGCUGGCUGGGUGGCCGGUACCUUGGUGCCCAACACUGCCGGGGUCAAGUGGUUACGUGACCUUGUAGCUGCAAACAUUGGCCUCUUCAAGGAGAUCAGACUAGAGCCCAGAACACACGAGCUUCUACAAGAGGUGAUUGCCGACAUCAACGCAUCCAGGAGUACUCCAGUGCAGUCUGACAAGCUGGACUUCCGUCUCACUAACAGACUGUACCCAAACUACAACUUCAAAGGCUGCUCUAAGCUGACAGGGGCAAUCAUAGACCUACCAAUCGGGAUGCGUCAGAAUGCUCGUGAUGUGUUCUACAUACACUGCAUGCUCGAGAUCAAAGAUCAUCUCAUUCACACCAGUCUUCUAGAACGGGACGAAAAGAAGUUCCUACUUGCCGAAGCAAUCCUUUACACUGAAGACAAUUACAUACUUUUCCGAUGUUUAUUCGGAGCCUUACUUGUAGCAACAGUUUCUGGUAUUGUUCACUAUAUCGGGGCAUUUGCUGCUAAACAGUUAGCAAUGUUUUCCGAUGUUGGACCACUCAUAUUUUCCCCAGACGCUAUAAGAGCUGGAUUGUUCAGGAAAGAACGGUGGAGCAUUCAUUUGUUACGAGCUGUCCAUUAUCUGUCUGUGAUGAGUGUUGUUUGUACUGGCGUGUGUGUUUAUUGGCUCGGUAGAGGAAUGUACGCAACACGCCAGGAAGAAAAAGUUGUGGAGCAGGUGACGCGGUUAGGACCCGCUUAUGUGAAAGGUGGUGCGGACUAUUAUAACAAGCGUAUACUCACGAAUAAGAUACGGCGGGAGGUACUCAAUGAAAUGUUGCUGUUUGAUCGGGACGGGAACUAUUCCCCUGAGAGAUUAGGAAAUAGAUACUUUCCAAAGACUUUGCCUUUGACUGUCAAGUGGCAAAUGUAUUUGGACAAACUCAAACAAUUAAAUGCAGCUGAAGCAAAAACAUGGUCUUGAGAAACACUUUUGGAAAAAAAAAUGGUGUUAAACUGAGAAAGCAUGUUAUGUAAUAAAUGGUUUGCACAUGAGUAAAUGCAUUCUUAAGUACAAUAAUUGCAUAAUAAAUAAAGUGUUAUUUCAAGACUAAACAUGUGGUGAAAGAGUUUCAGUAUCAGUAUAUUUACUGGUAACAUUAAAGACAGUGACAUCUAAUAACAAUUAAAAAAAUUGAUGCAAAAUGUUGCUUACCCCAGACAUGAAUAAAGAUGUAUUUUACAGCAUUAGUGUUUUAACAGUAAAAGUGAUUGUAUGAUUAACUAAUUAAUCUUUCGGAUGGUUGUUUGCUGCAAUCAAAUCUUUAAGCUUACAUGUACAUAACCACUUUUUUUUUAAUUUACUUAACCCAUUUAUGCCUAUCGUCAAAAAAAAAGGCCUUGGCAAACAGCGUAGACCCAGAUCAGGGCUCAACAUUAACCAAAAAACAAACUUGCCCUGCCUGGCAAGUACUUAGAAAAUAUACUUGCCCUGAACGUAAAGCCGCUUGCCCAAACAUGAAAUAUCACAUUAACUGUAAACCACAUAUUUUAAAAUAAAGAUCAAAAUGUUACACCACCAAACCUUUUUUAUUUUUGAACAUUUAACAAAAUGAUUACUGCAAUUCUAAUAAAAGUCUAAAUUAAAUGCUCUUUGUUAUUUUUUGCACUUGCCAGGAUGGACAACUAGAUUAUAAAAUAACUUGCCCGGACCCAACUUUUACUUGCCAGGGGCAAUAGGACAACCGUUAAUGUUGAGCCCUGCAGAUGAGACGCCGAAGAUGCGGUGUCUCAUCAGUGUCUGCUCUGUUUGCUUAAAGGAAUUUCUGUAAGAAAUAUUCUAAAUAUAGAAAUAAGUAUACUAUAUACAUCCCUAAUUUUUGGAAAUUAAUUGAUCCCAUUAAGAAGGAUGGGAUAGUCCACUAGGCUUAAAUGGGUUAAAAUAUAGCUUUCAAUGAUAUCAGGGACACUUAAGAUACCACAAUCAUGAUUCAACUUUCUCAAACUUUGUUGUAUGGAAAAACAACUGUCAAGAGAUAGUUUGUGCCACUCUUUAGGCCACAUUUAGAGACUGAUCAACACAGAACUUGCUUGAUAUUAAAACAUUGUCUCAAAGAUAUCUGAGACAAGAUCGCAACUAGGUUACUUGCUUUCAAAAGCAAGGUCAUAAGGCCUAAUACAAACACGUUUUUGAACACUCUUAAAGCAAAAUUUGUAACAAUUUUUGUAACUUGCUCAGACCACUUACACCAUGUAGGGUCUAAAAUGUGCAAAUAUGUGUCAUAUGCCUCUCUUGUUUUAAAGUUAUUGAUACAGUUUUAGCUUGAUUAUUAAAAUAUAACAAUUCAUAAAUUAUUGAAGAUCUU